AUGUUUUCAGCCAUCCUCAAGUCGAAGCCGUCUUCGAUAUCGAGCUCAAUACCUGUCGUGUGUGAUAAGCAGGCUGCAACAUACAGCUCUUUAUACCUAGCUCGCCCCUAUAUAAAUUUCCGCUGCACCUCCCGCUCACCAUACCAGCGAUCUAUUCACUCACAGCAGUUCCAGCCUUUCGUCCCACCCAGCCCCGAAUCCCUUGGUCAACCCACUCGUGCUAAGACAUACCCACGGACUCGCAAAUGGCUUCGACGGCUCUUCUGCACAGGUGCCUCUCUAGGCGCAUUGUAUCUUGUGGAUAGCCAGUUCAAUGCAUCAUGCAUCACUCGUACCACUCGCACAUUCGCACUUGGCCUCUUCGUUGCCCUCGACUAUAAGAUUAAUUUCCGUCCGAAUCCCCCGCUAGCUAAAUCUAUAGCAGCUGUCCACGCUAGAAGUGCGGAGCGUCUCUCGGUCCUCCUGCGAGAGAAUGGCGGACUAUACUUGAAGAUAGGCCAGGCAAUAGCCAUGCAAGCUGCUGUGCUGCCACCGGAAUUCCAGAAAAUGUUCUCCCGUAUGUUCGACGAUGCACCGCAAAAUGAUUGGAAAGAUGUCGAGAAAGUCAUCAAAGAGGAUUUUGGAAAAUCGGUUGAAGAGGUGUUUGGAGUUAGCUUUGACGGUAACCCGAGCCGUGGGGUCAUGGAACGCACAGCCAGAGCAAGUGCUAGCGUAGCACAAGUCCAUUGGGCCAGGCUAGCCGAUGGGAGAGAAGUCGCUAUUAAAAUACAAAAGAGGGAGAUUGCGCGACAGGUGGAGUGGGAUCUAUGGGCAUUCAAGGUUAUCUCGUACCUCUACUCCAAAGCUUUUGACAUACCGUUCUACAGUCUGGUUCCCUUUGUGUCUGAACGACUUUUUCUGGAGACAGAUUUUGAGAAUGAAGCGGAUAAUGCCGAACGUAUGGCUAAGUUGAUUUCCAGUGAACCACGCCUCCGAAAUAGAGUUUACAUCCCCAAGGUGUACCGCGAACUUAGUUCGAAGCGUGUCAUGACCGCUGAAUGGAUCGAGGGAGUUCGAUUGUGGGAUAAGGAUUCCCUGACUCGACCUUGGAGGGGAGGCUGGUACAAGGGAAGCCCCGGCUGCCAUGGAGCGCCUCUAAAGUCAUCGGACGGCAAAGCACCUCCUCGCCGCGCUGGUGGCCCCGCCAUCAUCGAUAAGAUAAAGCCGGACCGUGACUAUUGGAAAGGGAAGAAUGGCCGUGGAGGCCUGGGUCUGUCUCUAAAGGAAGUCAUGACAACCAUGGUCGAUUUGUUUUCGGCACAGAUGUUCCUUUGGGGGUGGCUUCACUGUGAUCCACAUCCCGGAAACUGGUUUGUUCGCCGACAACCAUCUGGGAAAGCUGAGUUGGUUCUCAUAGACCAUGGUCUUUAUGUCCAUAUGGAUCCAAAAUUCAGGCACGAAUACGCCCGCUUCUGGAAGUCUCUACUAACCUUCGAUAACUCUGCCAUAUCUGAAAUAGUCCGGGGCUGGGGUGUUAGAAACCCGGACAUGUUCGCAUCGCUCACCUUGUUACGGCCCUAUGAGGGAGGCGAGCACACCACGUUCAAGCAACUAGAAGGAUUGAGCAAACGGGAGAGAGCCGAGCGUCAUUAUGCAGCACAACAAGCCAUGAGUCAAGCUAUCCGCGAUUUCCUUGGAGAUGAGACGAAAUGGCCUCACGAACUCAUAUUUAUAUCCCGCAACUUCCGCAUCGUCCAAGGGAAUAACCAAUACUUAGGGUCACCAGUGAACCGUAUCAAAAUAACAGGAACGUGGGCGUCCCGGGCCCUGAUAGAGUCCCCACACCUCACCCUUUCCGAAAGGCUCAAAAACUACGGACGACACAUCAUAUUCAAGUGCGUCUUGUUUACAUCUGACAUCUUCUUUUACUUCACCAAGAUCAAGCAGUUCUUGGGCCUUAGUGGCGGAAUGGAAGAUGAGAUUGAGGCCCAGCUGCAGAAUAUGGCAAAGGAUAUGGGUGUCGAUCUAAGCCAGCCUGUGUUCGAAGGCUAA